GGAGCAAAAAUUCAGGCUGCUUCAUCAUCUCACUCAUGGAUUAACUUUCUGCUUCUUUUCAUGAACAAAAGCCCACCCUACUAUGAAUGUGCCGGAGCUUGUAAAGAUAUUCGCUCUCAGUCUUGUGCUGUCAUGCCCAAUCAGAUGCCAACACAGAAAGAGGAAAAGCCAGAGAGAUGACAACCAGGUCAUCCAAUAUAAACCCAAAGGCCUGAUCUGCCCGGUGGAAAUCAUGUUCCUGGUCGACAGUACAGAGAACACAAAAUCUGUGCUGUUUGAGCAACAGAAGGAGUUCAUCCGGAGCUUCAGCACCAAGCUAGUGCAGCUUCACGCUACAGGCUGGCGUAUUCGCCUGCGCCUGGCUGCUUUGCAGUAUAGUAGCAACGUCUCAGUAGAGCACAACUUCAGAGACUGGCAGGACCUGGAUGUCUUCCAGAGUAGGGUUGGCUUGAUGAGUUAUAUUGGCCAUGGCUCCUACUCCGCCUAUGCCAUCACCAAUGCCACCAAUGUGUUUAAGCAAGAGACAUCCUCCAACAGCCUCCGGGUGGCGCUGCUGAUGACGGACGGAAGCGACCACCCACGCAGCCCCAGCGCCGUGGCGGCGGCUGCAGAGGCCAAACAGCACAACAUCAGAGUGUUCACCAUCCUGCUGUCUGGACCGCCCAAACCAAGCGCCAUGGGAACAAGGCUGCGAUCCAUCGCCAGCGCCCCCCCACAGCAGCAUAUGUUCAGCCUCAGUGACAGCCAGCUCCACCAAAAGCUCCUGGGAGAAAUAAAUACGAUUGUGACCUCUGGGUGCCCGCAGCCAAAGGAUUGCAUGUGUGAGAAAGGAGAGAAGGGUCGCCCUGGAAGUCCAGGUAAACCAGGGAAGCCUGGGACAGACGGCGCUCCAGGACCAAAAGGAUCUCAGGGAGAACCUGGAACCAACGGACGUCCAGGAAUAGAAGGCCUUCAGGGAAGGCCUGGUAGCAAAGGAGAAAAGGGAGAACAAGGCAAGGUUGGAGCUUUCGGUGCAAAAGGACAAAAGGGUGUUGCUGGACCGUCUGGCUCGGUGGGCCCUAAAGGAGAGCAGGGAGCCAGAGGAGCACCAGGAGACCCGGGUCCAGAAGGACCAGCUGGGCCUAAAGGUGAUCAGGGACUAGGAGGUGUACCUGGACCUCCAGGAGAACCAGGUUCUGGCUUCCCUGGUCCAAAGGGUGACAAGGGGAACCAGGGGAGACCAGGUCCAGCUGGACCGAUGGGUUCUGGUGAGACCGGAGCUCAGGGUCCACCAGGGCCUCCAGGAUUACAAGGUCCUCCUGGGUUUCCAGGCGAGGGUCUAAUUGGACCCCAGGGUGAAAGGGGGUACGAGGGGCCCAAAGGCAGCCGUGGACCUCCUGGACUCGGACGAAAAGGCGAUAAGGGAAGCACAGGUGAACCUGGGCUGCCAGGUUUGGCCGGGGCUCCAGGUGAAGGGCUCCAAGGAGAAAAGGGGGAUCCUGGACCCAUCGGCCCCACAGGUCCCAGAGGGCCUCCAGGACUGCUAAUAGUUGGACCAAAGGGUGAUCAAGGUUUUCCUGGAGAGCCAGGUCUUCAAGGAGAAAGGGGCUCAGGUGAAGCAGGUCCAAAGGGUGAGAAUGGACCUGAUGGGGCUCCUGGAAUACCUGGAAUUCCUGGAGAAGAUGGAGCAGUUGGACCCAAGGGGGAGAGGGGUUUACCGGGACCACGAGGGCCAGAUGGAGAUCCGGGCAGAGGCACACCUGGAGAAAAGGGAGAUCGGGGUGAACGAGGCUCCAGGGGACUCUCAGGCCCUCCAGGACCAGUGGGACCUCCAGGAGCAAAGGGUGAACCAGGAAGCCCAGGAAGUACCGGCCAACCGGGACCUCCUGGACAAAGCUCUGCUGGAACAAAGGGAGAUCCUGGCCCUGUCGGACCAUCCGGACCAGUUGGAGAACCUGGACAGGGAAUAACUGGACCUAAAGGAAGCAAAGGAAGCACUGGAGCUGUUGGGCCGCAGGGACCAAAGGGAGACUCCUUGAUUGGGCCACAGGGUCUGCCAGGUUUGCCAGGACUGCAGGGAGAAACGGGACCUGAAGGAAAAGGACAACCAGGAGCAAAGGGUGAGAGAGGCUUGCCAGGUGUACCAGGACCAUCAGGUCCUUCUGGGACUGGACUUCCUGGACCAAAGGGCUCCACAGGAAAACCUGGCCCACCUGGCACGCCUGGGCCUCCAGGAGAAGGACAGCCAGGACCAAAGGGAGAGCCUGGAUUUCAAGGGCCAGUGGGGUUAAGGGGGUUUCCAGGGCAGAGUCUCCUAGGAGAGAAGGGCAGUCAAGGAUCUCCUGGGCACAAGGGAAGAAAAGGAGAAACAGGAGACUUUGGACCACCUGGUUCCCCUGGACCCAUGGGGAGACCCGGUGAAAAAGGAGAGCCAGGACUUACGAGAGACGAGGUCGUCCAGAUCAUAAAGGAAAUACUGGGAUGUGGAGUCAUGUGCAGAGGGAGUCCACUAGAACUUGUAUUUGUCAUUGAAAGCUCGGAGAGUGUUGGACCAGAACAUUUUGAACUGGUGAAGGACUUUGUGAUUGCCAUUAUUGACCAGCUACCAGUCAGCCAGGGAGCCAGCCGUGUUGGGGUCGUGCUCUACAGCCAUUUGAACAAAGUGGUUGUAAGUCUGCAGCAGCAGCCCAGCAAAGAUGAGAUUAAGGAAGCUGUCAGAACCAUGCCCUACCUGGGUGAGGGCACCUUCACCGGUAGCGCUGUCCAUCGAGCCAAGCAGCUGUUGCAAGCCUCUCGGCCUCAUGUGGGGAAGGUGGCCGUGGUUUUAAUGGCCGCUCAGGCAGAUCGCCGGGAUUUCAUGGAGUUUAAAAAAGCCGUCUCUGAUUCCCAUGAAGAAGGCAUUGAGCUGUUUGUUAUAGCUGUGGGAAACAAGACUGAUCUUUAUGGAGAAUUCCUGACUCAGAUAAGAACGUUUGCCUCAGACCCUGAUGAAGACCAUGUCUACCUCCUGGAUGACUUUCAGAUGUUAUCUGGUCUGGAGAAUAAUCUACUGAAGCAGAUUUGUGAUCAAGAUGCAUCAACAGCGUUUCUACCAAAAUGGUUUUUCUCCUCUGUGGAAACUCAUCUGGAUUAUCCGGAAGACAGGGACUCGACAUUCAUCCCAAAAGAUGAAAACAUAAAGCUUUGGCUUCCAGAUGGAACAGAAUCCCCACAAGUUCCACAGCCAACUGAGUUACAGAGGCCUCUGGAGAAGAAGAUCGAUUCUGAGCUGAUGCUGGAGCCCUCAAUCAGGCAGACAGGCGAACAGGGGAAGCAAACACCUUUCAGUUCUCCUCCGCCUACACUGACACCUGUAUCAGGUCAGGGCUGCAGCCAGCCUCUUGAACCCGGUCCAUGUCGACAGUACACAGUCAGGUGGUACUACGACCCAGAGGCCAACGCCUGCGCCCAGUUUUGGUUCGGAGGUUGCCACGGCAAUGCAAACAACUUUGAGAAUGAAGUGAACUGUAGGAAUGCCUGCGUCUACACGUAGCCGAUCGGCUGCAGGGAGGCUGGGCCUGCUGCCAAUCAGAUUCCUUCAGGGCUGAUAAGAGGACAACACCUGCAGCAUUUAAUCUGUUUUAAUCACUUGAUUUACAGUUUAAAAUGUGGAAUGACAGGUUCCACACUUGAUACGCCCCCAUAGAUCAUAACCAGAUCAUUUAAUGCUCUUCAGUUUGGUCCUAAAGUUAAACCAGUAACGGCACCGAGUUAAACCGCCUCAGUUGGUCAUGAGGAAUUAUACGGAAUCCAGAUUUAAUUUCAUUUCACAAAUGCAGGACUAGUUUUCUCAGGAAUAUAUUAUAUAAAAAGAUCAAUCUAAGUCUAGUUUGAGUGUAACUAAUGUAAGUAUAAAUAUAUCUGGUUUGUUUUUAUAUCAAAGCAACAUUAAAAUAAACAUAAAAAUCUUAAA